CGUUCCCGCGUCACCGUCCCUUGCCGCGGUUUUUGACAUUUAAUUACAGUGUUGCUUCUAUACGGAUAUUUAGUGCGCAUUAAAAUGAACAUGAGGUGGAGUUUUCUUAUAGCGCUGCUACUUCUGGGAGCCGCUGUCGCUUCUGAAGAAGAAGAUGGUGUACCUGACGCGGGAGUCGAAGGGGAUGAUGAAUUAGCGUUGGAUGAAGAGGAAACACGUAAUCUCAGACCGCGUGCCUACUCACCGACUGCGUAUUCAAACACACUUCCUAGUGGUUUUCGCCCCACGCCAUCCCUCGCUGAGCUGGCCGGCUAUCAACGACCUCAACAGGAACAACAGGAAUACAUAGUCCCUACCAGACCUCAAGUUUACGUCGAAGAACAGAGACAACAAGUUAGACAACCACAAAGAAGGCCUCAAGAACAUCGUCCAACGAAACAACAGUUGAUUGAAGAAGAGGAAGAAGAGAAGGAAGAGCCCGAUCGUCUUUCGCAAUUGUUGCAGCAGUCCAAAUUCGAUUGUGUUAAUAAGAAUACCGGAUACUACGCCGACGAAGAGCUCAACUGUGAAGUCUUCCACUACUGCCAGGACAACGCUAAACAUUCCUGGAUCUGUCCUGAAGGUUUCACUUUCCAUCAAGUUCAUCUAAUUUGCAUGCCACCGACGCAAGAAAGCAUUUGCCAGAAGUCCGCUAAGUAUCACUUUGUCAACGAUUACCUCUACAAGCCUAUCAAUGAAGAAGAAGUACAAAGGAAGCCCAACGUAUCCCUCAAGUACUCCGACCGGUAUUACCCCGCUGAGGUAUACAGGGACGACCGUUUCGAACAAGACGAAUAUGAAGAGGAAGAGGAACCCCGCCGUGCCCCCGCUCCUCAGCAGAGACCAGCGGCCAGACCUCAGUACCAGCCCCAAGUUUUCAGAUCAGCUGAAGAAGUUAACAUUCCCUUAGUUCAGAGGCGUCCUCAGCGUCCUUAUGAUUUCGACAAUUAAGUAUUUAAAUUAAGACUUAAUUACUCUUUGAGUACAGUAUUCUAAUUCAGCUUUGUAAUUUGCGAAAUAAGUAUCGUCAUUAGUAAUGUACUCUUACCGACCAUUUCUAUAAUCGCAAUAUUAUUUCCAUUCGUUUCUAAAUAAGGUCAGAAUCCGAAAAUACAACAUCACUCAUUUAGAUGUAAUGUUUUGACAUUUUAAUUUAUUUAUAUAAU